CCGAAUAGGUAGUUUAAAAUCUUUACUAAAGGAAAAAUCGCAAUCUCCGCCAUGGCUGAGAGCUUCUGAGAAAUGCGCUAAACGAUCCAUCCAAAUAAGCCAUGGCUACUCCUCCUCCACCCAACAAACUCUCUCUCUUCCCUCUACUAUCCCUCCUCUGCUUCAUCUCCAUUUUCUUCCUUCUCUCCGUCUCAAAACGCGCUUCCCUCUCCUCCCCAAACACCCACCGCUCCUCCACCGUCUUCCCCCCAAAACCCGACGCUUCCCGCACGUGCGACUUCUCCGACGGCUCGUGGAUCUACGACCCGAACCCCAGAUCCGCUACGUACGACGGCAGCUGCAAAGAGAUCUUCAAAGGAUGGAACUGCGCCCGUAACAACAAAACCAACGCCCUCGAGAUCUCCAAGUGGCGAUGGAAGCCUAAGGACUGUGAUCUCCCGUCGUUUGAUCCAAUCAAGUUUCUCGAAGCUCAUCGAGAUACCAACAUCGGGUUUGUGGGCGAUUCGUUGAAUAGGAACAUGUUUGUAUCUCUCUUCUGCAUGUUAAAGACUGUGACCAGUGAUUUAAAGAAGUGGCGACCAGCUGGUGCGGAUCGUGGAUUCACCUUCUUGCGUUAUAAUCUCACCAUUGCUUAUCAUCGGACUAAUCUCUUGGCGCGUUAUGGUAGGUGGUCAGCUAAUGCUAAUGGUGGUGAGUUGGAAGCUCUUGGAUUCAAAGAGGGAUAUAGAGUUGAUGUUGAUGUUCCUGAAAGCUCGUGGGCCAAGGCUCCAAGCUUCCAUGACAUUCUCGUUUUGAACACCGGGCACUGGUGGUGGGCGCCAUCAAAGUUUGAUCCCGUAAAAUCUCCUAUGCUUUUCUUUGAAGGUGGCCGACCAAUACUUCCUCCUCUACCUCCUGCUGAUGGCCUGGAUCGGGUUCUUAGCAACAUGGUAAAUUUUGUGGAGAAAACAAAGCGACCUGGAGGGAUCUUAUUCUUCCGGACACAAUCACCUAGGCAUUUUGAAGGAGGUGACUGGAACCAAGGUGGUACUUGUCAAAGACUGCAACCUUUGGUACCUAGAGAAGUUGAAGAAUUGUUUUCGGUGAGGAACAAUGGAACAAAUGUAGAGGUUCGUUUGGUGAAUCAACACCUUUACAACUCCCUUGAGAAUAGAAGCGGUUUCCACGUUUUGGACAUAACUCAAAUGAGCGAGUACAGAGCAGAUGCUCAUCCGGCAACAUCUGGUGGAAAGAAUCAUGAUGACUGUAUGCAUUGGUGCCUCCCGGGCCUGACCGACACUUGGAAUGAUUUGUUCGUCGCAACUCUCGGUAGGAUUAAAGGUUUGUAAACCCAUAUCACAUGCUUUGGGUCGAUGGGUCUUUCUCCUUUUAGUACUCUUGUAAACUUUGAUGUUUUUGUCUAGCAAAAUUUUUAUAUUUGAUCUCUCUUUUUGAGUAACCUACAACAUGAGAAGUGUUUUUCAGCUCUAUCAGGUA